AUGUUAAAUUGGGCCGGUGACAAUGACGGUCCCAACCCUGGGGGUGCUGGGCCAGACUACCACUCGGAUAGUGGCAGCGAAAGUGUGCAACAGUCUGCGCCCGCGGCACAAGUCUCUCCAAUGCAAACCUAUGGGAACCAACAUACAGAGACGCCUAGGGAAGUUCUUGCGGACCAGGAUGCUGCACUACAAGCAGCCAUUGACUUUGAGAUCAACCGCGCCAGAGCAACAAACUACCGGCCGCCAUCUCCGGACAGCGUGGAGGACUCGCAACCUCAGACCUUUCCUAGAAUCCAAAACUACAGGGACUUAAUCUCACCCAGGCCUACCAACAUCAUUGGCGCACCGCUCGGUCGAGACCUCAGCGCCCUCGAGGCAGCGGACGCGCUCGUCCAGCAAUGGGAGCGGAUCUACCAGGAGAACCUUGUACAGCACGGCGAGGAGGCUGUGCAAGAUAUCGCAGAGCAGCUUAUGCAGGCAAGGAGAGACAGGAACGCCAUCGAGGCUAUUGACGACCGUGAAUACAUUGAAAAGAGCCUGUCCGAAACCGAGGUCUUCCGCAACAGAGUAAUAGCUGAGCGCAUCGAGGUCCUCUUAAACGCACUACGACUCAGCGAGUGUGAGGGCGAGAUCGUCAAUAUGCGGGCUGCCGUCCAAUGCUAUCGUGAGGGUUCUAUUCGACCAUCAGACUACUUUGCUUUGAUAUACGCCGGCAACCUUGUCGACUUUGCGCCCUCCUACGAGUCCUUCACACACAACCGAGCAGAGCGCCUCGAUAGAUAUGCUGCCGAACAUGGCACCGGCUGGCUCUGGUUCGAGCCGCCCCUCAAUAGCAGCUCGUCCCUAGCGGGUGCCGGCAGUAUAAACGCUCUGAAGGGUACGUGGGCUAUGGAAACUGACAAUGCGUUCGGCAUGGGCGAGUACUCCGUCACAAUGGGUUUCAAGCGCAUCAACGACAUCAACUACCGCAAGGCCAAGGAGGCGGAGGACAUCAAAACCAAACUCAAGGGGAGUUGGGAGGAUGACAUCCUAGCAGCAGUGUUGAGUGCAAAAUCGAAGCCAAAGACGGAAAGGAGCUUUCAAGCUCACAAGAAGCACAAGGACUUGCUGGAACGUGUGAAAAAACCGCCGCUGAAGAUGUUUGAUCUCAAGCUACCUGCACCAGCCGAAGAACAUUCAACGACACGGUCGAAGGCUGUGCGACUAUACUACCGCAUGCUCCUCGAUACGGGCGCAACUCUGCCCAUGCUGUACAAGGAAGACUUUGCCGCGCUGGGCAUCAAACCGGCCACGUAUGCCGCCUCCUCCACGAUGCGUAUUGUGACAGCGAACGGCUCAAGGCAAACAUCCGUGUACGAGCUCCAUGUCAGUGUCUGCGACACGCGCACUUGCCAGUCGCUCGUCGACGAAAGUGAGCCGGUAUGGCCACAAGCCCACCCGAGCUUGGGAGGGAUACUGCCAGUGGCCCAGAUUAUGGUCGCCAGCGGCGACCAAGUACCGCCGUCGAACGGCAUGUCGAUGGAUGAUCGUGUCAUUAGCAUCACAGAGAAGGCCGAAGGAAAAAGCUCGCUUCGCCUGUCAGGCCUUCUACCCCUGAAGACAUGUUACAUGCAGUCCACACCUGGCCUCGGUGCCAUCUGGCUGGGCGAAGACCGUCGAGACGUUCUCGGGGCGCAGCGCAUGCCGGGCCAGAUGCGUUGGGAGGCAGGCUCGACAGAGGUCUUCGACCCAGGCCAUCCGAGAAUGGACUGGCAUCAAUUGGAGCAAGACAACGGCGGCAAUCCCACCUUGGUGCGUAUAGCGCAUGAUGUGAUGGACGAGAAAGGCGAGCGGGUCGUCCGGUUGACCGAUGUCGAGCAGGACGGCUGGCAUGGACGGAGUCGUACAGUGAUCGUCGACCGGGAUGGCAGCACAAGGCCGGCAGUCGAGAUGGAGCCGAGACAGCAUUAG